AUUCUAGAUUUACGAAGUCGACGUGGAACUUUUCAACCUUGACUCCGAUUUGCACGAUCAAAGCCCGACUUAUUCUUUGGACUAUGAUAUUUACGAUACAAGCCGAAUUUGUUCUCGUUAGGGCUUCAAUGGUUCCGAUGAAGCCUGAAUCAUUCUCGUCUAGUCUGUAAUCAUGACGAAGAAAGCUGUCUCUUCUCCGCUAGCCUGAACUAGUUACUAGAGAAGCCUGACCUGUUCUCCUCUAGUUUGUAAUAUUAACAAGCCCGACUCACUCACUUACGAUCUUUGAUGAUUCUCAUAAAGGCCGACUCUUCCUCCUGAGGUCUGAAAUAGUUAUGAUAAAAGCCAGACUUACUCUCUUCAGGCUGUCUGCGGCCACCAUGCCUUACCUGGGCAGCGAGGACACGGUGAGGGAGCUGAGGAGAGCUCUGUGCAACCCCAACGUCCAGUCUGACCAGCUACGAUACAGGAACGCCAUCCUCAAGGUCAUCAGGGCCAUGUCCCAGGGUGUGGAUGUAUCGGGCCUGUUCAGCGAAAUGGUCAAAGCGUGUGCCACAGUAGACAUAGUCCAGAAGAAACUGGUCUAUGUCUUCCUUUGUUCCUACGCCACUUUAAACCCAGAGCUGUCUCUGCUGGUCAUCAACACGCUGAGGAAAGACUGUCAGGAUCCCAACCCCAUGGUCCGCAGCCUGGCCCUGAGGAACAUGACCAACCUCCGGUUGCCCAGUCUGGUGGAGUAUGUGGAGCAGCCUCUGACAGCAGGACUGAAGGACAGAGCAGCUUCUGUGCGGCGAGUGGCCGUACUUGGCUGGGCCAAACUACACAAUCUCCAAACCAACUCUGAGAUAGAUGCUGCUGUGGUGAACGAGCUGUACAGUCUGCUGAGAGACCCCGACCCGGUGGUGAUGGUGAACUGCCUCCGAGCCCUGGAGGAGAUCCUGAAGGAGGAGGGAGGAGUCGCUAUCAACAAACCGAUCACCCAUCACCUCCUCAACAGGCUGAAGGAGUGUGAUAUUUGGGGUCAGUGCGAGGUGCUGAGAACCCUCCAGCGCUACCGGCCCCAGUCUGAGGACGAGCUCUUUGACAUCCUGUCACUGCUGGAUGCCUCCCUGGUCAGCCCCCACCCUCCGGUCAUGGCUGCCACCCUCAGUCUCUUCCUGAGCCUCUGCCCAGGCGUGCCGGCUGUCAGUCAGGCAGCCCUGGAGCGAGUACGAGGACCCCUGCUGGCCACUUGUGGGAGCGUGUCCAGAGAGAUGAGGUUCACCGCCCUCUGCCACAUACAGUUGCUGUUGCGUUCUCUCCCUGGCCUGAUGGGGGCGCACUACAAACGAUUCUUCUGUGGCUACGCUGAGCCUGCCUACAUCAAACAAAGGAAGAUGCAGGUGCUGGUGGAGCUGGUGAAUGACGACAAUGUAGCGAUGUUACUAGAUGAGCUGAGAGGAUACUGCACUGAUGUCAACACUGACACUGCCCAGGCUGCAAUCUCAGCUUUAGUGUCAUCCUGUGUCAUCCUGUGUGGACUUGGUGCAGGUCACAUUGGACGAAGCUACAGCGACAGAUGUCUAGAGAUCCUUAUUGGGCUUCUUGGUCUCAAACAGGAGCACAUCACUUCUGCCGUGGUGCAGACGAUGCGUGACCUGGUGUGGGUGUGUCCACAGUGCAGCGACACAGUGUGUUUGGCUGUCGAGGGCUGUGAGGAGACGCUGCAGGAUGGCCAGGGCAGGCAGGCCUUGCUGUGGUUGCUGGGUGUGUACGGGGAGCGGGUCUCCAGCGCCCCCUACACAUUGGAGGUGUUCAUCGACGGAGUGAGGUGUGAGGCCUCUUUGGGAGUCAAGAUGGAGCUGCUGACGGCCUCCAUGAGGUUGUUUUUGUGCCGGCCUGCUGAGAUGCAAGAUAUGCUUGGAAGACUGCUGCACUACUGCAUAGAGGAGGAAACAGACAUUUGUGUACGUGACCAGGCACUCCUCUAUUAUCGCCUGUUGCAUUGUGGGAUAGAAGAAACACGAAAGGUCCUCCAGGGUCGGAGGUCAGACCCUUCCCUGGGCGUUCUGAUUGGCCGCCCCGCAGAGCCCAUCAGCCAGUGGGCGUGCAGCUUUAACACCCUGGAGCCUCUCAGGCAGGGCGCCAUGGAGACAGAGUCGGCCAGCAGGGGUAGCCCUGAACAUGUGACCUUUGACCCCAAGCGGAACAAUGACCCCUCAGACACUCUGAACUGUGGCCAUGACGAGGAGGCCCUCCAUUCAGGCUCGGACAGUGCCAUUGUGCGUACGGACUCCACCGCUGAUGUCCUGGGUUCCAGCCUCACAGUCCCCCUCAGUUUGUCCGUCUCCCCAGCUCUCAGCCCAGAGGAGUUUGAGCUGCUGUGGCUGCAGCCGCAGGUUUUGCAUACUGAGCAAGGUCCUGAGAAGAUGAAAGCGGACAAGGAUUGUGUGUGCGUGGAAGAACAUGUCCGCUGCCCUGAGAUACUCCACUGUUCCCCACAAAGCCUCCAGGCAGCGAUGCAGCUGGUCAAUAUCCAGACGCUGGCCUUCACGCCGCCGCACGCACUUCCCUUGAGGGUCUACCUGUACACACACACCCAGCGGGCACGCGUCGCUGUCACCCCCCACAGCACCCUCAUACUGGGGGAGCUGCUGUACACCGGAGAGGGAAAUCAGAAAGUAGGACAGGUUGACGGAGGAGUGGUGGUGGUGGAAGGCAGGGAAGAUGAGCAAAUGAAAGAGGGAGAGCAAGCCACAGCUGAUGGGCUGAGCGGGAGAGACACGGGGAGAACGGACAGAGAACAGGACGGGGUUAAAGUGACUCUCAAGCAGCACCCAAGAGAUGAAAACGCUCUGAAGGGCUUCCUCUCCAUCCUUACCACUGUACUGCACACACUGUCCUCAGAGAGCGACUGAGUGUACUUCUCACACACAUUAUUGCUCCCGCUGUACGUCCUUUCAAAGAUGCCCAAUGGCCACAUUCAUUCUCUCAGCGUAAGGACUCUGACACGAAAUCCUAUGAGUCUGUCAGGAAUCAAAUACUCUUUAUUGAAUUCAAAUGAAGCUCUAAUAUUUAUGAGUCUAUGUAUUUAUUUAGUGUGAUAACCUAUCAGUUUACUAGAAGUUCUGUUUUAAACCAGUGGACACAUGAAAAGUCCGGAACAGCACCAUUAUUCCACUCAUUCAUAAAUAUCUGCUGCGCUUUAUUACUUGUCGCAUUACUCUAUGAUGACUCUGGUUUCCAAUGAUCUGAUUUGUCACAGGCUUUGAUCGCUUAUCUGGAACAUAACCUGCUCCGGAGCAGGUUAGCCAUCCAGGAUAAGAUACCAUGGUGAUUUAUAUAGGUAAGAAGAGAACCAGCAUGUAGGACGGAAAAAACCAGACUUGAAAGCUAAAGUUGCCUCCUACACAAAUCCAGUUUCGGAGUACAGGCCCCUGAACAUGAUAACAAGACCAUAUCUCUAUUCCUGUGAGUGUGGGGUCUUUAAAAGAUUAAAAUGUGAGCUACUAGCAGAGAGAAACCCUCGGCUGAACGUCA